AUGGAACCCAUUUGGAUAGACUGUCUGUCCUCCGAUCUGUGUAAGUGGACCAAGUCGACAAAUCGCAGAUUGCGCCUGCUGCGGUUCUGCUGGUAUAACUGUCGAAGAGCUAUUAGGCUGCUGUUAAAGCUAGGAGCUGGAAUAUCAAAAUUCGCAUGCAGAUUAUGACAGUUUUCCCCAACUAAACAUUUCACUUGUAAAUGGAAUCCUAACGAAUUUAACCGAAUUUUAUAUUUUUUGCGUUAUUUCACAUCUGAGAGGACAAUUACCUGCAUUUCGUAACAGAAUAAUCGGCCCACGGUACAGAUCUGUUUCGUUUUUCCAGGUCCCUGCCGAUUGUAAUGCGAGUUUUGAUGUCUCACAACCUGUCCAUUUUCAAGCAACUUCCAAUGACUCCUGAGAUGUGAAUUCUGCUUUAGCAAAUGAGACUUUGGCGCGGCACAGCAGAGAUAUGACAAGGGUGAUAAUUCAUAAUUUUAAUAAAAGACUGCAACGUUGCAACCUAGAACUAGAUCAUUCCGAAUCUAAGUUCUUGGCAAUCGCUGGUGAAGAAAUGAACAGAAAUAACGACACUAUUCUCAAGCAUUUGCGAGAAGCACCUGCCAAAAUGAAUAAGAAACUAUUAAUAAAAUUUGGAAAAUCGAGACUACCCCACUCACUGGCUUCAAAAAUAUCCCAUAAAACGGUGACCGCAGUCAUUAAAUAAUCACCAAAGCAGUAAAGGUCAAACCGUUACGCUUGUGUUAUCAAUUACCACGCAGUCCAAUUCAGAAAAAAGUUAUAACUUAUGUCAUAUUACCUUUUUGGCACUUGAUCGUCUCUUCUACACAGUCGCCCACAGGCGGAAUAGGAAGCACGGUAGGUAGAGCCCAGCAUUUGAUCAGUCAUCUACAGUGUGUUUGGCCAUUUACUCAUAUUUCCUUAUACCGAUGCGUUAAGUUUUCCUUUCAUGCAGCGGCAUACUAAGCAUCACAUGAAGAGGAAGGUAAUAUGGCCCCUUGAGCCGGAAUUUUAUUUUACCGACACCUUAACUUCCCUCCCAAACCCAGGAAAUGAAACAUCAAGAGGAAAGAAAAACAUUGUGUACCAUCCCCAACUUACAGCGCUUGGAUUUGCUGAAGUUUCCAUUAAUAAUGAAAUUUAAUACGUCGAGGAGCUUCUGAAUUUCUGAAAGCAUUAUUACCCGUCGCUAGGGACUGUGGAUGCUGGGCAACAUGUAUUUAGUUUUUGCACGAAUACAACUAAAAACAUUACAUAUGGCAGUUUAACUGUCGUUUGCAACAAGGUUCAUCAUGUUCCCCACAACAGGCGUUCAUACCAGAGUCAAAAAGGCCGCUGGCUGGAAAGGUAAAAGGCCAAACCAAAGCUAGUGGCAACACACCGGCUCGGACUUUACUGCCUGAGAGUGCUAUUGAGCCCAAUUCAAGAAGGGGUCAUUGCGGCCCGACUUCCAGUCGACCAGACGACUGCUCCACGCAAAUACACGCUGGGUUGACCGCAAGGUCAGAGUUAUCCCGUCAGCUGACAGCCUCCUAAACACGGCCUUUAGCACACCAUGAUAGAUUCAGGGGUGUAAGAUUGUUUGAACAAAGACUAUACGCUAAGACCGUCGACAUCACCCUCCCUUUCCACGCCAAGGUGCCUGUCGGUUACCCGAGCCGGUAAAUUGUCUGGCAUGGGAAGUAGGCGCAGGAGAAGAGAGCUGCUUUGAGCGCGUCACAUACGCGACCUGAUCCACAAUCAGGAUUACACACACGCAUGAGAAGCGGCCCGAAGCUCAUAUGUGUGAGAGAGUGAAAUUUCGAAGGAGCCAUCGCAAUCUGACUCUCGGUCCAUCAGUCUACAGAUCGAUGCACAAGCCUACAUCGGUCUAAAUUGCACGGAUUGAGUUGAAUCCUUAGCCGGGUGCCCUCCAACCCAUUGCUUUUGGUGUACCCUAUUAGUCGCAUGAAUUUCAGAUUGUUUAUAGUGGAAAAUUGUGUGCCGGCCUCCCCGACCCAUCGCGUCACCCAAAGGUUCUCCAACGUACGGACUGGCUAAGUGGCUGUUCCAGCGUCUCAAGUUCCUGACCGCUGAGUCAGACACCACGGUCUCUUCGUCUGCACAAUUCCUGGAGAAACUGAAAGGGGUAAGCCUUCAUCCAAAUAGGGUAAUUGUGUCUUUUGAUGUUACAUCUCUUUUUACUUCUGUUCCCCAGGACCUGGCGAUCGAGACAAUCGAGCUGCUUCUAAAAAGCAAAUACGAUGAAACGGAGAAUCGUCUUGGACACGCCCAAAUCCUUCAGCUCCUGAGGCUCUGUCUCAGGAUAUACUUCACAUUCGAAGGGACAAUCUACGAACAGGUAAAGGGCACACCAAUGGGUUCGCCGAUUUCGUCAUUCAUCGCCGACGCGGUCCUGUAACGGUUAGAGUCAUUGGUCUUCCAACACCAAAAACCGAAGUUCUGGACCCGGUAUGUGGAUGAUACCUUCGUCGUUAUCGAACGGGAUAAACUGCUGACAUUCAAGGGACAUCUGAAUGCGGUCUGCCCGGACAUACAAUUUACGGUGGAGGAGGAAGAGAACAACCAGCUGGCCUUCAUGGAUGUCCUCGUAUGCCGCAAAGAUUUUGGUGGACUAAGGAUCAAAGUGUUCAGGAAAGCGACGAAUACGAUGCAAGUACUGAACUUCAACAGCAACCACUUAAUCAGCCACAAAGGCAGUUGUGUAAGGACGCUCUACCGGCGUGUCGAAACGCACUGCAGUGAGCUGGAAGACAAGACUGCUGAACUACAAUACCUCCGACGAGUAUUCAAAGCCAAUGGCUAUCCGCGCAACUUUGUCAACCAGUGCAUACGCAAAAGGGACGAAAGGCCUAAGCGCACGGACACCAAAUCUUGGCGGGCGCUUCCGUAUAUCAAGAGCAUUUCGGAAGCUGUCGGCCGCCUUCUCGCACCACUUGAGGUUGGAGGAGUUGCACACAGACCGGAGGCAACCAUCAGGCUUCUGGUAAUGAAACCGAAAGACCCGCUGCCACGUCUGGAGUCGUUUAUCGGAUCUGGUGCAGUUGCAGACAAAGCAGCUACGUCGGAAAAACCAAAAGAAAGCUCCGAACGAGAAUGUCCGAGCACGCUGCAGCAGUGCGGAGAAAUGACGCCAGCUCUCAAGUUGCGACUCAUUCGACGAUAUCCGGCCACGCAUUCAAAUUCGAUGAGGCCGAAAUUCUCGCAAGAGGUGACAACCGCGUCAGCCGGGAGCUCCUUGGGUCAUGGUUUACUGGCCCCCAGUCCAUUGACAAGUGAAAUGAACUUCCCCUUCCAUACUCAGCGUUGA